CUUAAAUCCAAAAAUCAAACAAAAAAAAAAUGAACUGAGGGUGACAAAACUAAAGGAAGAUGAGUGUUUCUUUGACUGUAAUGAACUUUAAUCUUCUUGAAGAUCAAACAGAAGACAGCCCCAAUUCAUGGGACAAGAGGAAGGAUUUGUGCGCCACUGUCAUCACUAGUUAUUCUCCUAUCAUUCUCUGCACACAGCAAGGGGUGAAGUCACAGUUGGACUAUCUGCAGCAAUGUUUGCCAGGUUACGGACAGUUCGGGGUUUCGAGGAAAGGAUCCGAAGAUGCUUCUGAUCAGCACUGCACAAUCUUUUACGACAAAGAAAAGGUUGAAGUUCUAGAAGGUGGAACCUUUUGGUUGUCUGAAUCACCUUCGGUUCCUGGAAGCAUUUCUUGGGGUUCUUCGAAUCCAUCUAUCUCUACGUGGGCUACAUUCCAGCUAAAAGGCGUUGAGCCACCGGGUUUUUCGUUUCAGAUUGUAAAUACGAACAUGGACGAAAUUAGCCCUCGUGCUCGAAGGCGCGGCGCUUUGCUGACGUGGCAGCACAUCGCUUCCUUGCCCCCCAACUUGCCCGUUUUGUACUGUGGAGGAUUUAACACGCAGAAGGAGUCAACUACAGGUCGUUUUCUUCUUGGAAGAUCGAGGGAGCAUGGUGUUGUAGGUGAUAUGAGGGAUGCUUGGCCGAAUGCUCGUGUGAGAAAAAACGUAUCUUUGAUUCGCACUUACCAUGGAUUCAAAGGUGAUAAGCAGGGGGCUAAAGAAUUCUUGAAGUUGGUAUUUCGAGCGCUUUGUCUAUGCUGGGACAGGCAAACACAGGAUCUGCAUGUCGACUGGAUUCUGUUCAGGGGGAGGUCUUUGGUACCCGUCUCGUGUGAGGUGGUUAGUGACAAUGUUGACGGAUUUUACCCUUCGUCUCAUUAUCCUAUUUUUGCCGAAUUUAUGCUCCCUCGCUCCGUCAGAUUCACAGAGACACCACCUACUCAAGCUUGAAAUUAAACCCUCUUUUUUUUUUUUUUGCACGCUUCGAUUUCGUUGAUUUCGUGAUUCUAUUUGCCACUUAUAAACAGAAAUGCUGGGGAUGUUUAUGCAAUAUUUUACUGGGGUUCUUUUCUUUUUUUCGAA